UGAAUUUUUCACUUGCAACUUUCGUUCAAUUAUUUCUUUAUUAUUUUUAUUUUUUAGCACUAAAUAGCAUGAAAUUUCACUCGUCAGGAGAAUUUAAUGCUUCCUGCCUGGAAAAUUAACCACUUCAGAUGCAUUAAUCCGUAUUCCGUUUGGAGCGGCGUCGGUGUUUGUUGACACACUGCUUUCCUCUCUGUUGUGUCAUGUGACCUGCUGGACACAAAUAGUUGUAUGAUCUUGCCGAGGCAUAAAAGCAGAGCAGCAGAGAUUCACACCACCAAAUUGUUACAAACCUCUGAAUUUGUGAGUUGGUGAUCGUCUGGCUUGAAUUGACCAUGGAUUAUCAGGAAGUUUAUGACACGGGUACGAAGGAAAAACUCAGCAAGGAAUUCGACAGGCUCAAAGGAGUCGCGUACCUUGAUCACACAGGGGCCACAUUGUACCCUGAAGGGUUGAUCAAAGCAAUCAGCACCGACCUGCAGUGGAACCUUUACGGCAACCCUCACGCUCUGAAUUCAAGCAGCAAACUAAGUAGUGACGUUGUUGAGCAGACCAGGGAAAAGGUUCUAUCCUACUUCAAUACCAGCUCUAAAAAGUACCACCUGAUAUUCACGUCAGGUGCCACCGAGAGCCUGAAAACUCUGGCUUACUGUUUUACUUGGGAGGAAAAUCAAGCUUAUGCUUAUUUUGCUGAAAAUCAUACGUCUGUCAUUGGCAUCAGAGAAGUGGCUGCUGAAAAAGGGGCCAAAAUCAUCCCUUUAACUAAAUCAGAGAUGAAUUCAAUUUUCAACGAAAACUCUGAAAUUGGUGCAAAAGGAGGUCUGUUCGCUUACCCAGCUCAGUGCAACUUUUCCGGAGCAAAAUACCCACUAGACUGGAUCGAAAACAUUCACAACAGAGGAGACUGGUCUGUCCUUUUGGAUGCCGCAUCAUAUGUAGCCACGAGCCCACUUGACUUGUCCUCCGUCAGCCCCGACUUUGUCUGCAUCUCCUUCUACAAAAUGUUCGGACUUCCGACUGGACUCGGAGCUCUUCUUGUCAGAGUUGGCAAGGAGAAAAAACUGAAAAAGCAAUACUUUGGCGGUGGGACUGUCCUGAUGGCUUUUGCCUCUGGAAAACUUUGGCACAUGCCACGACCAACAUUGCAUGAGAGUUUUGAAGAUGGAACCGUCAAUUUCCUAGAGAUUGCUCAAUUGCGACAGGCCAUGAAGUAUUUCGAGCAGCUCGUACCCAAAGGGAUACACAUUAUUGAGGAACACACCUUCCAAUUGGCCCACUAUUUAUUUACUUGUUUGCGUGAUUUGAAGCAUUUCAACAACAAACCUCUUGCUGUGAUAUAUCAAGACAAUAAUUUUGAGAGCAUGAUGAAACAGGGACCUAUUGUUAAUUUUAAUCUAAGGAGGGCAGAUGACACUUUCAUUGGGUAUUCGGAGGUCUUGCAUAUGUGCAAUUUGUUUGACGUUCACGUUCGAACGGGCUGCUUUUGCAACCCAGGAGCUUGCCAGCGAUUUUUGGACUUGAACAUGGAGGAACUGGAACAACAAUUUGAGGUAAAUUUUGAAACCAAAUCUUUGAAUAUAAAGAUAAAUUUUAGUAAACUUAAGGCUGGCCAUGUUUGCGGAGAUUCGAUUGAUUUGCUUGGAGGGCGUCCAACGGGGUCAGUUCGUGCCUCACUUGGAUACUGCAGUACAAAAGAGGAUGUUGACAAACUGAUUAGUCUUCUUAAAAAGUGUUUCCUUGAAACUGCGGAGAGGAAAGCCAACCUCGAGCGGCCGCUGAAAGACCUUGACAUUGGUGCCUCAAAGGAACCAAGGCUGAGCCGACUGUGUUUGUAUCCUGUGAAGUCUUGCGGCGCUCAAGAGGUUCAGUCGUGGCCUUUAGACCACAAAGGCCUGGUUGGUGACCGCUGCUGGAUGAUCGUCACUGACACUUCAACACCGCUGACACAAAAGACCUGCACACAAAUGUGUCUCAUCAAGCCCCAGCUCAACCUGGAGCAAAACGACUUAAAACUUUCCUUCCCUGGCGUGCCUGAUGUGAAGGUUAAAUUUUUGAAAGGAGACUCGACUGACGGAUCAAGCAAAGUUUGUGGAGUGGUAGUGCAAACACUUGACUGUGGUGAUGAAAUUGCAGAAUGGCUAAGUCUUGCUCUUGAAAUUUCUGGCCUGCGACUACAGCAGCAGUGGUCUGAUGAUCAGCGAAUGCAGAAACAAGGCGCUGCAAGCCUGUCGUUGUCAAACCAGUCCCAGUUUCUUCUCAUGGGUCUCUCUAGCCUUGCCUGGCUUGAAAAGCAGGUGGAAGAAAAACUUGCUGCUGAAGGAGAUGAUCUACAAUGUUCUGGGGAGAAUCUGCUUCAAAGAUUUAGGAGCAACAUGAUUGUGACUGGCUUGUCCUCAUUUGAAGAAAAGCAGUGGAAGGCAAUCAAAAUAGGCAGUGUUGUUCUUAAAAGUGACGGGCCAUGCACAAGGUGCCAAAUGGUGUGCAUAGAUCAGAGCAGUGGAGAAAAGACGGUGGAGCCUUUGAGGACCAUUGCUACUUCUGGCCAAGGAAAAAUGCAAUUCGGAAUUUACUUUUCUCAAGUGAGUAUUGAGAGAAAUAAGAAGAUUUUCGUGGGAUCACCAGUCAAGCCAAUUGAAAUUUAGGCUGUAUCAAUGUGUUCUUGUAUGUUUUUUUAAAUUUAUAUUUUUGUUAUUGUUAUUUUUGACAAAAUAAAAGAAUCCAGGGAUAUUUUUAAUAAGA